CCCGUCACCGACGCACCGGAAAUCCGCUUCGUGGCGGAAGUCCGGCGAGCGCUGUCAACAUGGCGGCGCGCAGCAGGUCGGGCUGACGGCUGCGCUCCGCUGCCCGCGAAGCGACGCCACCGCUCGCGGCUACGAAGCCCGCGGCGACCGCGGAAUCCCCGACGAGGGCGGCGGUGGGCAUCCUUGCUGCCGUUUAACACGGGGGCCGGGGCCGCAUGGGGCAGCAACAGGCGAAGGGCGGCGAGGCGCGCAGGGCCACGCUUCCCCGGCCCUUCAAAGCGAGGAAAGACGGAGGGGGGGCGGCUGCUGCCUCGUCCGCCUUCAUCAUCACCCCGUCUUCGUGCUCCUCCUCCGUCGUGGUCGUGCCCUCCUCGUCGUCCUCCUCGUCCUUGUUUCCCGGAGCCACGGGGCGUCACUCGGCAGCCGCGACGCCGUGCAAUGUGUUCGAGGAGCAUGAAGCCCUGCACCGGCCCGGCGACGGGGAUGGAGACGGCCCGAGCCUCCGGGAGGCCGUGCGCUGGAACUCCAAGGAGAACCUCCUCUCCGUCCCCGGGGACCCCGACGACACAAACCUCUUCGUGGCGCUCUACGACUUUGUGGCGAGCGGCGACAACACGCUCAGCAUCACCAAAGGCGAGAAGCUGCGCGUGCUCGGCUACAACCAGAACGGCGAGUGGUGCGAGGUGCACUCGCGCAACGGGCAGGGCUGGGUGCCCAGCAACUACAUCACGCCCGUCAACAGCCUGGAGAAGCACUCCUGGUACCACGGCCCCAUCUCGCGCAACGCCGCCGAGUACCUGCUCAGCAGCGGCAUCAACGGCUCCUUCCUGCUGCGCGAGUCCGAGAGCAGCCCCGGGCAGCUGUCCAUCUCGCUGCGCUGCGAGGGGCGCGUCUACCACUACCGCAUCAACACGGCGAGCGACGGCAAGUACUUCGUGAGCUCGGAGAGCCGCUUCAGCACGCUGGCCGAGCUGGUGCACCACCACUCGAGCGUGGCGGACGGCCUCAUCGUGCCGCUGCACUACCCGGCGCCCAAGCGCACCAAGCCGACGGUGUACGGCGUGUCGCCCACGUACGACCGCUGGGAGAUCGAGCGCACAGACAUCACCAUGAAGCACAAGCUCGGCGGAGGGCAGUACGGGGAGGUCUACGAGGGCCUCUGGAAGAAGUACAGCCGCACCGUGGCCGUCAAGACUCUCAAGGAGGACACGAUGGAGGUGGAGGAGUUCCUGAAGGAAGCGGCCAUGAUGAAGGAGAUCAAACACCCCAACUUGGUGCAGCUGCUCGGCGUGUGCACGCGGGAACCGCCCUUCUACAUCGUCACGGAGUUCAUGACGCAUGGGAACCUGCUCGACUACCUGCGCGAGUGCAACCGUGACGAGGUGACGGCCGUGGUGCUGCUCCACAUGGCCACGCAGAUCUCCUCUGCCAUGGAGUACCUGGAGAAGAAGAACUUCAUUCACAGGGACCUGGCGGCGAGGAACUGCCUCGUGGCUGAGAGCCACAUGGUGAAGGUGGCCGACUUCGGGCUGAGCCGGCUCAUGACGGGCGACACCUACACGGCGCGCGCCGGUGCCAAGUUCCCCAUCAAGUGGACGGCGCCCGAGAGCCUGGCCUAUAACAAGUUCUCCAUCAAGUCCGACGUGUGGGCCUUCGGAGUGCUCCUGUGGGAGAUCGCCACCUACGGCAUGUCCCCCUACCCCGGCGUCGACCUCUCCCAGGUCUACGAGCGGCUGGAGCGCGGAUACCGCAUGGAGCAACCCGAGGGAUGUCCACCCCGCGUCUACCAGCUCAUGCAAGCCUGCUGGCAGUGGAACGCAGCAGACCGGCCAUCCUUUGCUGAGAUUCACCAGACGUUCGAGACCAUGUUCCAUGACUCCAGCAUCUCAGAAGAGGUGGAGAAGGAGCUGGGGAGGAACGGAUCGUCGUGCAUGCAGGCACCCAAGCUGCCUGCCAAGAAGGGGUCCAUCAGGAGGCCGCCCGAACGUGGAGACGCCGGCACGACGCUUGGCGCCUCUGUGGCGUCCUCGGAGACCAUCCCCAAACGAGACCCCGCCUGCUUCAGUUCGCCGCAGCUGCCGCGGAAGAUGCGCGACGUCCUGAGCAGUGGAAGUGGUGGCGGCAGCGCGGCUACAAUGGGCGGGGCGACCCUGGACGACUCCGACGUCCAUGGCGGGGGCUUCCCGCCGUCGUCAACCGCCGCCUCCUCUUUAUUCCUGCCGUCCUUCAAGGCCAAGAAGAAGAAGACGGCGCCGGCUCCUCCCAGGCGCAGCAGCUCCUUCCGUGACGCGGACGGCCAGCCGGAGAGGGCCGAGGAGAACGGCAGCUUCGGCCCGCUCUGCUCGUCCGAGGAAUUCCUGGACGCGCGCGCCACGUUCUCGCGCGGUGACGCCAGGGAGAAGGAGAACCGGCUCGCGCCAGUCUCUCCAUUCUGCACUCUGCGGCCGCUGCCCAAGGCCUCGCCGCAUGGCAAGGCGCGGCACAAUGUGGUUCAGCAACAACUGCAGCAGCGUUUGGAGAAGCAACAACAGCAGCAGCAACAACAACAGCAGCAGCAGGCGGUCGCGACUUUAUCACUCGACCGUUUUUCCAGAUCUUCAUCCAUGUCGUUCUCCAACGAGGGCGGGUCGGGCGACAUGGAGCGCAAGUGUCACACGCUGCCGCUGGACGGCCAGCGGGAGCGAGCACCGGGCGUGGGCGGCGCCAGGGCCUCCGACAGCGUGGAGAGCACGGUCCAGCCGGUCAAGAAGUGCAGGGACCUGGCCGAGAGGCUGGCGCUCUUCAGCCGAUGUCCUCUGCAGAAGCAGAGAAGCCAAGACAACGGGGAGAAUGGCAUGUUCAGGGACGGGGAGGCCAGCGCUCCCGGGACGACGCCCAAAGUGACGCGCAAGCAGCCGGGCGCGCAGUUGAAGCAACCGCGCGUGGGCGACGAGGCCACGGGGAAACCCCAGCCGGGCGGUGUCGCGAGGGCUGGAGGGGGCCCCACCAGCAAUACGUUUCCUGGUGCCGUCCGCCUCCUGCCCACCUCGGAGCCCCUGCAGAGGAAGGCCAGGCCGCCUGCAGAAAAGUCUCCGCCGCACACAGACCGGGAGAAAGCGCAGCCAUUGGGGCCCCAGCACAAAGCCAAGCCGUCCCACCCGCCGCCCCCGCCGCCCCUGUCGGCCACCAAACCUGUCGGCAAGCCGCCAGCCAGUCCUGGCGGCGAAGGCCAAACCGCGGGCGAGAGCUCGGGCGCCGCCCCUGUCAAACCCAGGUCGCCCCAGCGCGCGGACGCUGCGGGCGACGCCUCGGGCGACGGCGGUGUCAAAAAGCCGCUCAUGCCGCCGGGCACCAAACCGACGCUCCCGUUAAAACCGCCCGGGACGUCGGCGGCUGGAGAGCAGCAGACGUCGCUCGUGACCCUGCGCAGGACUGCAAGGCCGCCCGAGAAGCGCUCGCCCAGCCCGGACGCUGGCGACGCCGCCCUGGUGCCGCUCGCCAGCAGCAAGGAGGGAGUCGUCGAGUGCCUGGACUGCCUGCAGAGGUCGCUGUCCACCGGCGCGACCCAAGCGCAGGCGGUGUUAGAGGCCGGGCAGAAGCUGUCGGAACGGUGCCGGCUGUACGCGGACUCGGCGCAGCCUGCAAGGAAGUUUGCACUUUUGACUGCAUUGGGCAAGCUGGAGAGCGGCCUGCGUGAGCUGCAGGGCGGUGGUGGUGUGGGUGGUACGGGCUCACAGGCUCUCACAAGCUUGUUAGCUUGCACCAAGGAAAUUCGGGACAUUGUGAACAGGUAGCUGGUUGUGUGCAUUGUACUUUUAUACAAAUGUGUUUCGGGUCCCUGCACAAUUGCAGCUGUAAGAUUGAGCCAAUGGCUUUGCGAGUGAGCAAGCUUUCUCUUAAACCUCCAAGUGGCCCCAAAGAACAUGCCCCUUGGGCCAUCUGCCUGCCCCCCAAGAGCCAUCACUGCAGGUGACCAUCUGCGCGAGCCACGGCACCGCUGCCGUGGGUGGUGCAAAUCCAUGGUUGUGAAAGCCAUCGUGACCACAGCAGCAGCAGAGAAUUCGGUACAAGUGCGAGAGCCUCCACGCGGCGAUUUGUUGGUACUUGAUCUACGCUGUGCGAGCAAAAAUUGCGCCCUGCUAUUUGCAAUUGUCGUGGCUGUACCAAAUUAGUUUGUUUUUCUCUUUCAAACUGUUCACGCGAAUGCUUCCCGUGGAACGCACUGCAAUGCGAGCAGCAGCCCAGCGAGCGCGGCUACCAACGCGCCGGGGAUGGGCAGCUGUGCCGAGCAUUGACUCGAGAAGACAGGCGAAGGGCAGCGUGAUGAUACGUGGUACACGUCAGCCUCUUUUGUGGUCCUACACGUGAAUGCGACCCUGCGGCAUUCCCAGAAAUAACGGCAAGCCUAUGGAACACUGCGGGCAUGUGUGCGUUUGCGAGCGAGACGAGCAUGCGUGUUUUAAUGCCUGGGUUCGUCCCAGCUCUGUGGUGUGCGUGGUGUACUGUGAUGCUUGGGGUGUGCUCUGCCAAAAACAAAUUCGGAAGAUGUUACAUUUUGUAAGCGCGCGUCCUUGGUACAUUGGAAAGAGAACGCAGCGAUUUGGGACCUCGGCCGUGGAAUAACCUGCUGGGUACAAAGUUGCCUUUCGACAAAGGAAACAAAAGAAACACAUACAAUGAUAGGUACUGAACACUGCCUGUUGUGCAGACCGCACAUCCAUGGUGUGCCAUCUUCCUUGGUUCACUCCUGCAAGAUCCGGUUAGCCGGCCGGCGCUUUCCAGACUGUACAGCAGGCGUAGAAUGCUUUGCUCCACAUACCCAUGGAGGGCCAGACUCCAAGACUCACAUACGAAUUAAUAGGGGCGUCCCUCUACACCGAGUGGGCCCUGUGCAUUUAACACAAUACAAAACAUUAACGCAGCGCCAAGCUUUAGCAAGCUUUUGGACGGUGCUCAUUUGCCCUUCGUGGUCAUAUAACCAAGGGGUGGAAAUCCCUCAUUCCAUCCUUCACACAGAAACUUCCCAGGUGGUAUUUAUCUGUUGGACACCGCCACCCCUAGGGUAUGGAUAAUGGGCUGUAGCACAAAGCAGAUACUGUAGUUGUGAUUAUAAGCACAUGGACACUGAAUACCUUAUGGUGGGUAGACUGGUAUACAAGUCACACCUGCACAUGCCAACUAGGGAACAGAUCUGUCACAAUGCUUGGCUGGAUGAAGGCAAAACCCAAACAACAUAGGCUGUGUCCUGGGCUAUCCCACAAAUUUAUACUUCAUUAUGACUUUCAUGGUGCUCUACCCUAACCAGUCAUGAGGUUAUUGCAGUCCGAUGUCCGUAAUUUUUUUUACGUGCCGACACUGCAGUGACACAUCACUGGUUUCUAUGGUGGUGCGUUAGUUCCUGAGGACCGCCCCAGUCCCCCAUGGGGGUGAUUUGACAAUAUUUCGCCAUGCUAUAGAUACCUGCCGAAACAAUACGAUCAAUUACUGCGCAGGUGUUUAGUCCGGUUUUGUACCUACCGCGGCGUGUUAGCCGGCACCAUGUCAGUCGUCUUGCGCCGAGCACUUUCAGGAACUGCAGAAGUUUCGGUCCACCUGGUCAGGAGCUUCUUUCAUUCUGAACACCGAAGCGAGAAACACAUCGGAGAGCGACAAGCAAUUUUGGCUUCGCCGUGCACAACGGAGGUCGGUAGGGGUGGUGGUGGUGGUGGGGGGUGUAGUCUUGCCCGCUUAGCAGUCAGCCUACGGAGUAGCGAUUUUUUGCGUUGGCGCGAUGUUUUUGCUGGGAGACGCCAAUAGCCAUGCACGGGGGCGGCGUCGGGAGCGGCGCCGCCGUCUCCACCCCGAACUCAGGUACCCGUGAACUGUGCUCGCCGUUUUGUCUCCGUGCCAGUUCUGUCCCGCAGUAUGUGACUCUCGUGGUAUUUUUGUUGUUGUCGUCGUUUCGAAGUCCUUGAGCUGCCUUGCCUUUUAAAAAUGACAACGUAAUAAUUAAGUACUUAUAAUCCCUUAAUCUAUGUUGAGCCUAAAUGCGUUUGUAAACCUGUUGUGGGGCCCGAGCUCUCUCUGUUGCAUCUCUGCAGCCUUGUGCCCUAAUGGCUGAAAGCGAAAUUAAAAGUCAAUUUUUAAUUAACAAAGAGCCAUUAGCCGUUUCCAUUGGUGGUGCCUGAGCCACUGGUGACAUUUCUGCAUUCACAUGGCAGCUGCCAGCAUCCCCAUGGAACAACCAAUGUUGACCUCCCACAAAGCAUUACUUAUUUUAACCCCAAGGAAGCAUGAUGGGUUGAAUCGACCCCCAAACUUUGGAUCUGAACUGCGACCUUCUGAACGCAAGAGCAGAUUACUCUCCACAGUGCCGCACGGCUGGAUUGAUGCAACACCGGUUGAGGAAUCGGUGAGCUUUGGUUUGCCAAGCCCCAAUGUGGUAAUUCUGUUGUCUUCCUCGUUGUUUGGCGUUGCCCGGUGGCAAUUUGUCUCAGAACCGCUUCCUGUGUCUGAAGAACGACGGUGCCUUGGGCAGGUGUACACUCAGCGCAGCUGUGGAAGAGGUUACGCAAUGGACAUUCAGUUGGCAAAUACCACAAGUCUGGGAUAAUGUUACGAGUAACCCUUGAUUAACAGCUUCAGGUUAAUGGUAUUAAUUAUGGUUAGAUUUAAGAUCGCGUGGGUAAUUAACGCAACGGGAUAAUAUUAAACUCCGAUAUAUCUUUCAGAAAGUAAUUGGGCGAUUUGGAAAUAUCCAUGUUGAAGGUCAUUGGUGGCAAAGUGUCUUAUGGAAGACUUAAGUGUUAUUCAAUCAACCUAAAGUGCAUACUUAAAGACCAACAUUUCGUUUCGUCUGGGGUUUAUACAGCCAAUACAACUCUUGCCAUCGUGCAAACAUCCACGACGGCGCUGUUUGUGCAACUAAUCGCCGUUUUAAAAAAAAAUCACUCUGAACCCAUGCAAUGAACCCUGCCGACGUGAACCUAGUGUGGUACGUUUUUAUGCACCCUUUGUUGACAGUAGAGCUGGACUAUCCAAUCAUUGAGCCAUUAUCAGUUAUAGAGACUCUGCUCUGCUAAAAAAAUGCUGGAGAAAAAAAACCAUGCAGAUAUUUGGGCAGGGGUGGGGAAAGUCUCAUCCCACGGUCAUGACGUGCGCUACUGGAUGGGAGGUGAUGGGCGGCAGGGCCUUGCGGUGUUGUCGGCAUCGGCCUCUUCUUCAUGUUGGGCGUGGAUUCGCGUGGGGUUUCCCCUGUGUCUUGCGCUACUUGUAAAGGACUCAGAGUAAUCGACUGCACAAAAUGUUGGAUUAUAUAAAUACACACGCACGGUCCCACAGAUCGAGUUGAAAGCAAAUACAAGCACAGCGCGCGUGCAUUGUUGUGAAGCCAAAGUUAAAUAGCACAGCCUACUAGUUGUUCCGUAGCCCCAUUGCAGGGCCAAAACAACAUUUUCCUUUAAAUAAAUACGAGGCUGUACCCAUCAAUAGAAUUGGUCGUCUAACAAAGUCACAUUACGCGUACAGCCCUAUGUCAAUCCAGGGCCCCCUCCCCCUUACGCCUUUUGGGUUAUGGGGUUUAUUUGAUCAUACUUCACCACGCUGCUAAAUGCAGAGUGGAAUGCUUGGGGAGCAUUACCAUGACAGCAUGCUACAGUGCAACGUAUGUUGCUGUGCUGCCCUCUGCUGACAGCCUAUAACUGCGGUGCCCUGCAGCGUCACUGAACACCACCCAAGUUCUUUGGCGUACCCCGGACUUGAAUUAAUUUGGAGGGCCAUCUUUGUAGUCAAAGUUCUGCAUUUGUUGUUGUUGUUGCCGCCUUGUAGCCAAUUUCAGACGCGCUGCUGCAGCAGCCGUGUAGCGGUUGGCAGCACCAGUCUGAUCUCCAGGAGCGGCAGCUCAAACUUUGGCGCAAUUAUCUUCAAUUCAUCUUCCCAUGUCCACCCAGAAGUAUAUAAGUGUGUACAUGACAGUCAAUUAGUGGGUAAAGUGUGGGUACUCGCCUCUUCCAAUAUAUCUGGUCAGCGUGGAAGAGUAGGCCAAAAUAUACUCCAGGGAGGGGGCUUCUUUAGAACUCCCUUUGGUGGAGGCCUUCCCACCAGCGGUGGAGGCAUUUGCAGGUCUGCGCCUUUAGGGAGCGAGUUUGGAUUUUCACGACACCACAAGUUCACUCAGUGUUGACUGCCGCUCCCCACUUUGUGAUGUUUAAGAGGAAAGCACACGUUUGAAUCUGCUCCAUCUACUUCAUGUACAUUUGCUUUGAUCCUUGUUUGUAGCCUAAUGAUAUCCUUGUCCUAAUUAAUUCGUCUUUGCGGGUUGUGUAUUAUACAUGUUGUUUUUUAGUGUGAGUGAUAGCGCUAACUUAAACGUUUGGUAUGGUUUACAAUUCAUCGUUACUAAAGUGUAUAAUUGAGAGCGCGUGGCGAUCAUUCGAUUGUGUCGAGGGAUUGUUGUGCAAGUGAAACUGCUGGUACGCGUCAGUGUUAGUGUGAUGGAAGGGUUGUUGCCCUCGCUACCACGUCUACGGAGGCUUGGAUUUCAUUCCUUUUGGACAACACGAGUUUGCAUAUCCCACCUCCAAUAUGCCACUUAUAUUUUGCCCUGCAGUAACCAUUGUGGGUUUAACAAUAGACAAUGAUAGACAUUGUUAGCCAAGCCAUGCAUGCGGAAUUAUGCAUGUAAGAAUCUGCUUUUCAAUUCCUCAUACUGGAUAGCUCCAAUGACGCACAAUACUUUUUUUCUGCAGGUGCGACAGAUUGAGGACCCCCCCAUUACUUGCAGCUAUAUUACUGCCACCAAGUAGCAAAGCACUUGUGUCAGGCUAGGUGCACUUAAAGGCCACAUGAAGCUCACCCAUUGGAGUUCACAGGACGGACCUAGAUGUCCAUAGGACUUCACAGGACAAAUCUAGAUGUUUUGGGUUAACCAAUUUGUCAUUACCUAGUACACACCCAAUAUAGCCAAGGUCAUAUACUGUAUACUUAAAAUUCAUGACUUGUAUAGGUUAUAUUGCAUAUGUGAACACGUCAAAAAAAUCUUUGGUACGUUGUGCAUUUAAAGUAAAGAUACACACACACCCCAGUGCCAUUCAGUGUAUUAGACCCUACUUGCUGCAUCAGCCAAUACCACCAUACCGUGCACCACACUGCCUGGCCAGGAGUUGAACCCAGGUCCACCGGGUGAUUGAACCACUGCUCCCCAUUACAUUACACGUGCACACUCACGGCACCACAUGCAAGUCCCAAUGAACAAAUUAAUUGAAUCUGUACCCGCGGAAGAAAUCCAACGUUCCCGAGACGUGUGCAUCUUGGACAUCCUGACCUUCCCAAUUACCCUCUCCGAUCCACAUUUCAACCCCAAACCUCCAGGGUGCAGUUCCUAGUGCGUUUUCGCGAGAGUAUUAUAUUGUACGGACUGCACUCCCUUCCCGCACUGCACCCCACAGCAGCCUUACUAAGGUCGCCCGGAUAGGUCCUCCGGGCGAGCCGCGUGUCGCCGCCCCCUGUUCCUUCUGCCAGUGUACAUAUAAAUUAAACUUCGCGGAAAGUCCACCCGGUC